AUGCGUUUGGGUAAACCAGCCUUCAAGCAACUAAAAGUCGCUCAAGCCUUUUGGAAAAGUAUCAAAGAUUUUCUCUUGAAUACCUACGUUCAUGCUUAUCAUUACUUAGCAGAUGCUGAUCGUCAUUUACCUGAAAAACUCAUGUGGCUUUCAAUUCAUGUGACUAUGAUUGGAUGUGCUAUCGGUGUGGUAAUGUCUGCAUGGUCGAGAUUUACUGAUAAUCCAACAAUAACGACCCUUGAGAGUCAACAUCAUUCAAUCUAUGGACUGAAUUUUCCUGCUAUUGCUAUUUGUUCAAAUAAUAAGAUAAGCAGAACAAGGACAGAAGAAUAUGCAGAACAUUUAAUGAAUCUGAGCAUCCCAAUCCAAUACAAGAAUAAAAACACAUUGAUGAACUUGAUACGAUACAUGGGAAGAUUGUACGAUGCAGACAUUGAAGGCAUUGAUCAAUUUGUGAAAUUUCAAGAGAUUCUCGAUAAUUUUGAUUCUGAUAAAACCACCGGAAUUUAUAACAUGCAGGAGAAGUUGAAAUUUUUAGCGCCAAAAUGUUCAGACAUCGCCAAAAAAUGUAAAUGGGGUGGAGCUGACGUUCCAUGUUCCGAUAUUCUACAAGAUCGUACAACAAAUGAAGGCUUUUGCUGUACAUUUAAUUAUGUACGACCAAGCACACUCAAUGAAACUGCUGUAAAACCCCUCAUUGCUGCUGGUAUAGGUCCCGACAUGGGAUUGACAAUUUUAUUGAAUCUAUCAAUUGCUGACUAUUAUUAUCCAUUGAAAAAUUUUGGAGGUGCAACGACAUUAAUUUAUGAUCCCUCAGAAUUUGCCGACUCAGCAACAGGUUUUGUUCGGGAAGUUCCAGUUGAGAGAUAUCUAGAGACCAGAAUCACUCUUAGUGCACUUAGCUUUUAUGCUGUCGAUGAAGUCCAAAGAUAUGGAAUAAAUAAACGUCAAUGCUUGUUUCCCAACGAUUAUCCAAACGAGUUUGGAACUAAUUACGUCUAUGGAGAUUGCUUGGUGAAAUGUAAACUAAAGAGUGUCAUGGCUCUAUGCAAGUGCAUUCCAUUUAAUGUACCAGUAAAUUUCAAUGACAUUGACUCUUCAUUGCCAUUCUGCAACUUAGGAAAUGUACAGUGCAUGAACAAAUAUAAAAUAAAAUGGGGAACAUUUAGACCAAAGGAAUUUAUCAAAGUCCUCGAGCGAGAAAUUGAGGAUUCACUUAAUUGUGAUAUUUGCUAUCCACAGUGCUCCUCAACAAUUUAUAUUGUUGACUCAACAUCUGCUCAGUUGAACUUCUAUUACGUCAAUAAAGGAUCUGUGAUUGCUGGAUUUGAUGACGAUAAAGAUUUAUCAGUCCUCAAAGUUUAUUUCCCAGAAACUGAUUCAGUCCUUUACAAAACUGAUGUCUUGUUUGCUUGGUAUGAUAUUAUAAGUGACUAUGGUGGCAUUUUAGGACUCUUCUUGGGAUGCUCAAUCAUUACUGUCUUUGAAAUACUCUUCUAUAUUACUGUAAGAUUCUAUCAAAAUCUAUUCAACAGUCAAGCAAUAAAUAAAGUCGACUAUAAUAUAAAAAGUCAUAAAGAAUCGCGUAUUAACAUCACUAAAUUAUUUGCAGUAUUUAUAUGCGUUGAGCAUAUCUACAGCGAGACUGAAAGACCACAACGAGGACAAUAA